AUGCUGGACGAGACCAUCCCCCUCACCACAAUCGAGUGGGAGGAGUGGGGGAACCCCAAGGAGCGCGAGUACUACGAUUACAUGAAGAGCUACAGCCCGGUGGACAAUGUGACGCAGCAGCGGUACCCCAACAUUCUCGUCACGGCCGGCCUCCACGACCCGCGCGUCGGUUACUGGGAGCCUGCCAAGUGGGUGGCCAAGCUGCGGUCGACUAAAACCGACAACAACCUUCUGCUGCUCAAGACAGAGCUGGGGGCCGGCCACUUCAGCGUCACCGGCAGGUUUGAGCGUCUCAAGGAGGUGGCCCUGGAGUAUGCCUUCCUCCUCAAGACCGCGGGCCAGCUGUCAACGCAGCCACUCAAGGGCUCGGGCCCCGCGCAGCCCCCCACCGCGGCCGCCAGCCCAUCAGUGGCGUGA